UACAGGAUGAACUGCUGUUGGAGUUUGCAUGCCCAUUCAGUAGAUGGCAGUGUCAUCCAUCCACAUGUGGUGUGUCACUUCCUCUCAGCUCUGAGCCAGAAGAAGACCGUAGCAAGCGGAGACAAUCCUGGGAUUCUUGUUUGGGAUAUUUGAUCCCUUUAUUAUACAUCUAUGACAAUUCCUGUCAUAACCACUGAGGAUAAUGGCCAAUAAGAAGAAAGUAAUAGUGACAGGUUUUGAGCCUUUUGGUGAUCAUGCAGUGAACUCCAGCUGGGUGGCAGUAAAGGAACUGGAGCGAUUAGGGCUGGGUGAAGCAGUAGACCUUCAUGUGUGUGAGGUGCCUGUUGAAUAUCAGGCUGUUCAGGACCUACUGCCAUCGCUGUGGAAAGAGCACGACCCACAGUUGGUGGUGCAUGUCGGUGUUUCUGGUUUAGCCACCACUGUCACUCUGGAGCAGUGCGGCCACAACAAGGGUUACAAACGCCCGGACAACUGCAGCUUCUGCCCUGCCUCCCAGUGCUGCAUGGACAGCGGCCCAGACUGCAUCCUUUCAGUCCUGGACAUGGAGACAGUCUGCAAAAGGGUCAAUGAGUCCGGCCUCGGGGUCACUCUUUCUGUAUCUAAGGAUGCUGGAAGGUAUCUUUGUGACUACACCUACUACACCUCUCUGUACCUCGGACAGGGUCACUCCGCCUUCAUCCAUGUGCCUCCGCUUGGAAAACCCUACAGCAGCCAGGACCUGGGUAGAGCUCUUCAGGCUGCCGUACAGGAGAUGCUGGAAAUGCUGGAACGAGAUCACAAACACAAGCACUGCAAUCACGAGCAUCAACACCACCAGCAUGACCACUAAUGACUUACAGUGCGGGGAGCGAUGACUCAAGACAGUCGACCAUUAGCAGCUCCAGACAUGAAUGAAUUUCACAUUUGUUGUCAAGAACAGGAGCUUGUGUCUGAAUCGGGUGCUCUUAACUGUGACAUCAGUGCUGACUGUAAACCGUGUGUUGUAUCUUAAUAGUGACGCUUUUACAAGUUUGACUGCAGCAUCCGUUUAUUGUGGACCUGGUCUGGGUCUUUGCAUGUGUGGAUGAGUGUUAGUCAUGUAUCUGAUACAGCCUCUAAUAAGACUGUGAAAAUAGAUGUCAAUUAUGGGCGUAUUAACUGGUAUCAUUGUGUGAAAAGGGGGAUUUAUGUGACUGUAUUAAGAUAUAGUAGUACUAACAAGAUAGUAGCUGAAACUACAAGUCAUAUAUGGUGACACACUGUUUACAGUUACACGGACAUCCUUCCUCUGCCACCUGUGAGUCUGUCUUCUCACUGCUUUUCUUCCAAAGUUUUCUUGGUAUGAUUAAUGCUGCCAUUCUCUUGUGUUGCUUGUAUUUGCACCAUAGAAAUGUUUAAAGAUUCACACUUACAAUGAUUUGUUUAUCUCAGGGAAUACAUUGCACAUGCAAUCAAUAUUAAGUAAUUUGAUCAAUUUAAUGCGUCUGUCCUGUAUGUGUGUUGUGCAGCUUUGCAAGGCAAAGCGAGCUUAAAGCUGUGUAUAUUAAUUAAAACACUUCACACAGA